AUGUUUUGCUUCAAUCAUUUCUUUAAACUUUUUGUUUUGCUCGUCCCCCUCGUGUCCGGGUUUACGCAUCCUGGACUCCUCGUAACAAGCAACGAUAUCAAUCGCAUAAAACAAAAGCUUGAUGCCCACAAAGAUCCGUGGUUGGCAUCAUGGAGACAGUUGAUUUCAAUGAAAUCUGCGAGUGCCUCUUAUACCAACAAUGCCGUCAGCAGCGUUGACCGAGACACUCAAGGCUCAACCCCGCCAAACGCAGACCGGCUCUGGCAUGACGCAGGGGCAGCAUUUGCUCUUGCGCUUCGAUGGAAGAUUUCCGGCGACACCUCGUAUGCCGACACCGCCGUAAAUAUCCUGACAGCAUGGAGUGACAAACUCUACUCCAUCGGAGCGAAUGACGAUCAGUAUCUGGUGGCGGGCCUGCAAGGCCACGAACUCGCUAAUGUCGGAGAGCUGCUCAGGGACUAUCCGCCCUUUGUAUCUGGGGGAGGCCAAGCCAAGUUUCUCAAUAUGAUGACCAGUCUCUUCCUGGAGAAAAACUUGUUCUUCCUCAACCACCGCGAUGGGUCGGAGCAUAUCGUCAAGCAUUUUUUCGCAAAUUGGGAGCUUGCCAACCUAGCCUCAGCCAUGGCUAUUUCCGUGUUGACAGAUAAUCAAACCGCAUGGGAGUAUUCCAUUGACUAUUUCAAAAAUGGGGCUGGCAAUGGAGCAAUCAACAAUGCUGUGACUAAUAUCGUGCUGGAACCUGAGACCGGCAACCCAUUGGGCCAGGGGCAAGAGGAAGGUCGUGAUCAAGGUCAUUCGGCCCUGGAUUUCCAGCUGCUGGGUGUUAUUGGACAGCAGGCAUGGAACCAAGGAGAGGACCUCUUUGCUUACAACAACAGUCGCAUUCUUCUUGGGGCGGAGUACUUUGCUCGAUAUAAUUUGGGCAAUGAUGUCCCGUUUGAACCCUACACCAAUGGGAUUGUCUCCUUCCACCAGAUCAGCAAUGCAUCACGUGGAGCUUGUCGUCCGGCAUGGGAACUGCUAUACAACCAUUAUGUCGUGAUUAAGAACCAGAAGGCGCCGUGGACCACGAAAUUUUGGAACAAAUCCUUGGAGCAAUUUGGAGGACAUGAACCAGGAGCGGGCGCUUGGGGGGAAGGAAGCGGGCAUUACGACUCACUGGGCUGGGGUUCUUUGCUGUACCGGCUGGAGGAGUCUGAUGUCGCACAGGCAGCGAAUAUUGCGAUCAGCACUUCAAGUUUGAUACCCUCUAGCAUACUACGUAGUGUAUAUUCGGCCGUCGGCUCGUCAUUGGUUCUACCUACAAUUACACCUACUCACACCCCAAGCGGUCGCCGACACCAUCAUCACUCUCAUUACAGUUCAUCUGCUUCCACUUCGACAACCGUUCCGCCUCAGGACGCGUGUUACGCUGCUUGA